GAUAUUGUCUGUCUACCCAUCUAUAUCUACACAUGGAUACAUUGAACGUAUCCAAUCAAAUAACUAUCAUAAAAUGACAUAAAACCAGUAAUCAGUAUCGGCGUACUACUGUACUCUUUUUAUUGUAUGACUUUAUAUUCCCUUCUUUGUUUUCAAAAAAUUCUCACAUUCGUUUAUGAGCACACACACACACACAUGAAAACAAUUUUUUUGGUUUGUUUUGUUUUAAUAAAUUAGCCUAUUUCAAAAGAUUCGCCAUUUAGAGCAUGUGAAAGUUCAUUAAUUAAUUAAUUAAUCAAUCAAUUAUUGAUUUAUUGAUUUAUUAAAAAGGAGAAAAAAUGUUUAUUUCUAAUGGAAUAUUAAAUAAAUAAUUAAUUAAUUAUUGAUCAAAUAAAUCAUUGUUCAUAUCCUAUACAUAAUGAGAAGAUUUUCUACAUCUUCAAGUACAUCAACAAGUCAAAGACAAAUGUUUCCACCUUCAUUACCUGCACCACCUAAUCCAGCUCCAGAUCUUAGUCCAGUAAAAAAUCAAUCACGAAGAACAUCUGCACCAGCUGUACCUCAUCGAAGUUAUGUAACUGUUGAAAAUUCUAACAACAAUAGAACUAUCCAGAGUAAUAAUAUUGAGACUACAGAUUUGAAAAGAUAUCCUGUUAAAAUAGAUGAAAAAAUUACAAAUGAAUUAUCUCCAAAAUAUUGGCUUCAUAGUCCACCACAAUCAUUAAUAGCAGAAAGUGUUUCACAUUCUGAAUUCGAUAGGUUACUCAUAGCUAAUGAGAACGUUUCUACAGAAAAUGGUUUCAUAAAUAAAAUAAAAAAUAAUUCAAUAUCUAAAUCAAAUCUAUCACAGUAUAGUGAAGAAAGUUUAUUAACAACACUUGUUCAAUGUCAACAUCUUAAAGAAAACAAUAUGAAACAAAAAUUAAAAAGGAGAAUCAAUUUAAAUGAUCAAGAAACUUGUUCUAAAUCAUUGAAGCCAACUUCAUUUGAUGAUAGUAGUAAUCUUUUAAAUUUACCAGAUCAAUCAUGUCUUAAUGAAAGAUUGAUAAAUGAUCAUAACAAUUCGAAUCAAGUCAAUCUAUUGAAUAAUAGUAGUAGUAGUACUACUACUAUUACUACUACAUUCAAUAAUACUUUAGAUAGGAAAACAAAAAAGACUAAUCAUCAAUCUGUUAUGUCAAAUGAACGAAAAGUUGAAUCUACUAAUCAAUUUCUAUUAGAUCAAAUGAAUAAUAAUCAUACAAAUCUAAAUAAAGUUGAAUUAGCUAAACGUUGUUGGGAAAAUUAUUUUAGACCUAAACCACCAAGAAUUAGAAGAAAUAAAACUAUACAUGAUCAUUCAAUGACACAAUCUUUUACUAGAGAUAUGUCUAAUAAAGUAAACGAUCUAUGUUUAAGAUCUAGUAGUGUUGAUUGUACAUAUCGAAAUUCUGAAAAUAAAAAUAAAACACAAUAUCAUGAAUAUUUAAGAAAAACUUCACAAUUCAAAGCUUCAUCUAUGUGUAUAAGCCCAAUUUCAUCAAAUCAUAGUAAUAAUUCAUCAAUUAUUGAUUCUAAUAUAAAUCAAUCAGAAUCAUUUCCUAAAAAAAUUAAUCAAUUAGAUAAUAAUAAUAAUAAUAAUAAUAAUAAUAAUAAAAUAAAAUAUAUAGGUAAAGGAUAUUCACCUUCAUUUAUUCGUUUAAUGACUGAUCAUGAAUUAGAUAAUAAUGAUAAUAAUAAUAAUAAUGAACAAAAUUGUGAUCAAAUAUCUGAUCCAGAUCAAUUAAAUGAUCACUAUUCUAAUUCAACAUUAACUCUUACUGAAAAUACACAAACAACUAAAGAUCAUGAUGAUGAUCAUCAUGAUUAUCAUAAAAUCAAUUCAAAUAAUUCAAUGAAACAAAUGAUAUUCAAUGAAAAACGUUUAUGUCGAAGUAAUAUAGAAUUUUCUAAUUAUAAUAAAGAAAAAUAUUUCAAUUAUUAUCAUGAAUAUUUACGUCCUCAAUCGCUGACAUUAAAACGUCAUUGUAUCCGAUUUCAAAAUCAUAAUCAUAAAAUCAAUCUAUCUUCUAGUAUAUCAUCAGAUCAUCUUCAAGGAAUUAAUCCACAUACUGAUAAUGAUCAUAUAAUCAAAAAUACAAAAAAAAAUCACCCCUACACAUUUAUUGAUUAUAUAACACAGACAAAUGAUGAUGAUGAUGAUAAUAAUAAGAAUAAUCAUUUAAACAAACAUUCUGAUUGGUCAAAAUUAAAUAUUCAAAAAAAUAAUCAAUUUCUAAAAAAAUUAAAUAAAUCAUUUAAACAACCAAAUACACCAUUGAUUCAUCAUUUUAUUAUACCAAUAUAUCAUGAUUCAAGAUCUUAUUUAACAAAUUCGAAUCGAUUAAAUUUAGAUCGAAAAAAUGAUUCACCAUUAAUUGGAAUUGAUAGAUCAGAAUCAUUUUCUAAAAAAAUUAAACAUAUUUCAUCGAAUAAAAAAUCAAAGCAAAUUUCUAAUGAUCAUUUGAAACAUACUACUUUAUCAUUUAUUAAUCCUUCAAUUACAACAUCUAAUUUCAUAGAUACAAAACGAAUUGAGAAUGAUUAUCAUUCAUCUAUUGAAUUAUUGAAUCAUAAUCAAACAAAAGAUGAAACUACACAGAAACUAAGAAGUUAUCUAGUACCAUUCACUGAAGUAAAUAAUUUAUCAUUAUCACAAAGGAUUAUCUAUGAUUCUUAUAUAAAUGAUGAUGAUGAAGAAAACUGCAUAGAUGAUCAUGAUGAUAAUCAUGAAAAUGAACAAAUGAAUUCUAAAUUAAAAAUGUCACUUUCACCAGCAGCUCAACGAUAUGAAGAACAUGUAUUAGCUACUGUAUCUGGGAGAUUAUCAUAUCCUAAAACUAAUAAUCCAUUAUAUUUUAAUGAUUAUAAAAAUGAUAUAAAACAUCAAAAUUCUAUUCAAAAAGUUCAAUUAUUACCUGAAUUUCAAUAUCAUAAAAAUCCUAUAGAGAUUAUUAAAGAUCAUAAUUAUGAUGAUGAUGAUGAUGAAGAAGAAGAAGCAGAAGAAAAUGAUUCAAAUGAUCAUCUAAAUGAUCAUUUAAUUCAUACAGAAUUAUGGCGUGAAAAAUUUGGUGCUAUUACUAGAUGGAGACAUGAAGUUGAUAAUGCUAUGUUAGCUGGUGAAACAGAAAUAAUUCAUACACCAGAAACUAUAUUACAUAAUAAGUGUGUAAAAGAAAAAUUCAAUAUCCCUUCUAUAUCUAAUCAACAGGAUACAAUGAAUUAUUUACAACCAACCAUUGUACCAAUAAAUACUUUUCAAUCAAAUGGAUUAUAUUCAUCAAUAAAUGAUGUAGAAAUAAAUUAUUCAACUACUUGUACUUGUCCAACAGUACAAUCUUAUAUAUAUAGUAAACCAUUAAUUAGUAGCAAUGAAGCAAAUGAAACAAAACAGAAUAUAUUGUAUUCACCUAACAAUUUCAAGUCAAACGCAUAUCAAAUAUCAAUGACGAAAGAUAUGAAUUUGUAUGACAAUGUAAUACCAAAGUACUAUCAGCCAACUAGUCAUUCUGUACCAUCUAAAGUUGUAAUCAAUCCUAGUGGGGUAACAAAUGAUCAAAUUUAUCAAUAUGAUAAUAAUAAUAUUCGAUUAGAGGAUUCACAACAGAUCAAUUCAAAAUAUCAACCAAUGUGGAUUAAAGCACCUAUACCUCAAUUAAGACUUUCACGACAACGAUCAAAUUCAGGUAACGCUGUUGUUUUACAACCUAUUCAACAAAUAGAAAAUUUUACAAAUAUACCAAAUUAUUAUUCAUCUAAUAACCCGGUUAAUUUAACAUCGAAUAUACAAGGAUCAAUUCAUCAUUCAUAUGAACCAAAUAUUCCACUUCCUAAUAUAAAUUCACCUAUCAAUCGAUAUAAAACUUCAACAGUGAAAUCAUUUCGAAAUUUUCUCACUCCAAAAUUAAGACGUAAAACAUAUGAAUUGGAUAAAACAGAAUCUAUCAAAUUGAAACAAGAUGAUUACAAGCCAAUAAAUAUAUUACAAACUAACUCAGUUGAACAACAUUUAGGAAAUAAUAAUUCAAGAUCAAUAAAUGGAAGAAAUAACCAAUUUAAAAAAGUCGUCCCAUCAACAUCUUAUACUGAUGCGCUUAAUUUGGCUGUUGCUGCUAAUACCGCAUUACAUGAAGCAUUUAAUCAGUCUAUAACUUCAACAGAUUCAUAUCAGAAAACUAAUUCAACCAAUCAAAAUACCCCGGUAUCUUUCAAACAAUCGAAAUUCAAAACUACCUCUUCAUCGGUCAAUCCAACCUCUUUAACAAUAACUAAUGAAAGAUCUUCAGCUGAAAUCAGUUUAACACCAAGUGAAUCAAUAAAAACAGAACAUAAAAAUAAUACAUGUCAAUGGACCAAGAUUAGUAAACCAUAUAAAAAUAUCUCUCUUUCUCCAAUUUCAUCAAUUUCACAAUAUAAUGGAGAUAAAAAUUCACCAGUAGAAAAACAAAUGGACAAGAACAAAUUUAAAACUGAUAUAACUGAACAAACAUUAUAUUCAGAUAAUAAAUCCAAAAGUUCUAAAUUAUUAAUAAGUGAAAAAUCAGAUGAUUUAACAGAAACAAACACAGACACUAGGCGAAUACCUGGACGUCUUAGAUCAAGUCUUCGUCAUGCUGUUACAUUAAGUCCAUGUCGUCGUAAACCAGAUGUAACUUUAGAACAAUGUAAUAGUCCAUAUCUUCAACCAAGUCCAUUAGCUUUAAGUUCAGGAUUUGUAUCAGCUGGAUCAAUUGUGAAUGCAGUUGAAGAGUGUACUGAAAAAAUGAAUAAAGAUGGAUUUGCAGAAACUUCACCAAAAGUAAAAACUGUUCCUCCACCAGUUGGUGUUCAUGAUUAUCCUAUUGUUACCAAUUUAGAAAAAGAUUUAAACACAAUUGACAGUUUAAUUAAUGAUACUUUAAAUAUUCAUAUCAAUGAUAAUAAUCCACAAACAAAAUUAAAUCAAUCUGAAUUAUCUAAUAAUUCUACACAAAAAUCAAAUGAACAACAACAACAACAAUCUAAAUUUAAUAAAUUAUUACCAUUACAAACAUUGCCACCAUGUAAAUUAUUACUUGGUCGUGUAGCGUCAAAUGAAGAUAUUUGUAUUGAAACUGAAACACCAUUUUCAUUUAAUAUAGCUGCAACUGAUAAAGAAAUUUGUAUAACACGAGUAGCUUCAGUUGAAGAUUUAAAAUGUCAACAACAACAACAACAACAACAUGAUCAAUUAAAAGGUAACACUAAUAAUAAAUCAAUAAAGAAAAAUCAUAAACGUAUACCAAUUAGUUUAAGAUUAACAUUUGGUUCUGAAUCAAAACUUAAUAAAUCUAUAUUAAAUUCUAAUGAGAAUGAUCAUUUAAUGAAUAAAAAUUAUCGUUCAAUGUAUUAUGUUGAUAUACCACAAAGUAUUAGAACAAAUGAAUUAAAACGUAAAACAAAUCAAUUAAAAAAUAUAAAUAAUCAUAAUAAUAAACAAAAUAUAAUACGUUAUAGUUUACCAUGUAUUACAUAUUGUGAAGAAUUACCAAAACCAAUUUCAUUAUUACCACCAUUAGUUAUAGAUAAGAAUCAAUGAUUCUUUAUAUGAAAUACCAUUUUUCUAUAUCAUUCUAAUAAUAAACUUAUAAAUAAAUCAUCUUUAUUCAAUGAUCGAUGAUAACAACAACAACAACAACAACGACAGCAACAACGACCGCAACAACAACAACAACAACAACAAAAUGUCAUACUGAUAAUGAAAUAUCUUCUUUUUUUUCAUUGGAUUCUAUUAAUGAUGUAAUCAUGGCUGAUUAGACGAUAGUUGCUGGCGUAAUAAAUAUGAAAUAUUGAUUUUCGAAUGUCAUUAUUAUUGCAUUCAAAAAACCAAAAAAGAAAAAAAAAUAAGAAAAGAUAAUCUAUUACUGCUAAUUGAUAUAUAAUUAAAUAAGUCAUACUUGUUGUAUAAAGUAUUUGAAAGUAUAUUACUUUCUUUUUUUUUUUAAAAAAAAGAAAAGAAAAUCAAUAACCGAUAAUUGAUUUGUUUGAAACGAUUCAAUAUUUAGCAUGAAUGAAUGUACUACUAAUUAAAAACCUUGUCACCCGUUUCCUUUUUUUUUAAAAUCUUUGCUACUUCAGAUUUUACUUAAAUUCAGAUGAACUAAAAUGAAUUAAAUUUUAAUUUCUAAAUCAAGAAAAAUAUCAUAUAAUUUCCUUUUAUUAUUAUAAAUAUAUAUGUUGCCAAGUAAACGAAUGAUCUUUUCUAAUCGGAUGUAUGGAACUUGAUUCUUGAUUUGUGUUGUUCAUUGGAUAAUUUCAUAAAUAAGGCGUGUGUUUUUUUUCUCUUUCCGUCACAUAUAUUUAAGAAAUAAACUUCUUUAUGGAUAA